GUGUCGGUAUAAAACAGUGCGCCUUUAAGCAUCCACCUGCGUGUGCGCACACCUCUGGAAGGACACUUCAAAUGUAAACUCUGAAGAGAGAGCAGAGAAGGGGUGAGUUGAGGAGGCCAGUUUCUAGCACAGCCAAAAUGGAGCUUCUGGCAGCUGCUGUACUUAUGGCGGUGCUGCUUGGCUCUAAUGGCGAAAAACAAGCCGCCGUGGUUUCUGCAGACUGCAAUGAUGCAGGAAUAGAAAAGGAUGCUGGGUUGGCCCUCGACUUGAUCAAUAAGCACCGCAAGGAUGGCUAUAUUUUCACCCUCUUGCGUGUUGCCGAUGCUCACAUACAAAACGUGGAAAAUGAUUCCAUCAUGUACUUAACUCUGGAUGUGCUGGAAACAGAAUGUUCUGUAUUAUCUCGGAAAAACUGGUCAUCUUGUGAAAACAGGCCGUUCUACAGCUAUACAGACUUUGGGCGAUGUAAAGCUGUUGUGCAAAUAAACCGGUUCCUUGAGGAAGAGAAACUGCAUAGAUACAACUGCACUCUGAGCCCAGUUCCACCCGAAUUAUACGAGUGCAAGGAUUGCCCAGUGAAGGUAACAGUCAUAGAAGCUGCUGAAGAGCACAUGAAGUAUGCCAACUUGGUCUUGGAGCAAUACAAUCAGGACAGCAACCAGACGAACUAUUACAAGGUGGAGGAAAUAGAAAAGGUUUUCAGUGCGGUGGCUAGUCGUACCAUGUACAUUGUUGAGUUUACCAUCAAAGAAACCUCGUGCCCGAGAGCCAGUCUUGCAAGGAAUAUCUCGGCGUGUGAAUUUCUCCCUGACAGAACUGCGCGCAAAGGAUUCUGCAGAAUAAAAGCCGUUAAGGAGUCGGAUGCAAAAGAUCCCAGUGUGAUUGAAAUAGACUCCUGUGAAAUCUACGAUAUUCAAGAUCCAGGAAAAGGUUGCCAUGGGUGCGGGCACCCAUGCAGGCACCCACCGCAUGGGCACCCUCACCACCAUGACGACCAUGGUCCUUGUCACCAUCAUCGCCCCAUCCGUUUUUGUCCUCAUCGCAAUCACAGUUUUGGACAUCACCGUGGGCAUCACAAACAUCAUGGGCAUCGCAGGCAUGGGCAUCACGGGCACCACGGGCAUCACGGGCACCACCAUCAUGCAGGGCCCAGAGGUGACCACAAUUCCUCUGAAGAAUAUCCUGACUUUCCCCCUCCUCCAGGACCUUGCCACCCACAGCAUUUCCCGCCUGGUAACUUCCCCCCACCUCCCCCAGGGCCACCACUUCUUUGCAAUCCUCCUCCCCCUCCCGAUGCCCCAGACGAUUGUCCCAAGUCUCCCCCAAAUCAGCGGGUUCGCAGGCAUGGCAGCCACCACAGGUGCCGCCACAGGGGUCGCAUGAGCUCAGCUGGGAGAAGAGGAGGAGGAUCCUCUGAAGAGCACCAUUCCUUCGGGGAUCACCACCCUUUCCACGGCAGCAAAGCCGGGUCGGUCUACUACGUCCCAGUUGCGAGUCCAGACAAUGUCCUCCAAGCUCCUGGGGCAGACUUCUUUGGCGGCCCAGACAGUCAGCAGGGAGGCCACAGGGGGCCGCCUUUGUGCGGCAAAGGCCUUCGCGAGAAACCAGCACUGCAACCAUUCCCAGAAGCCGCUUCAGAAUCAAAAUCGUGCCCAGGGAAGCCCAAGCAUGAUCGGCCAAACCUUUUGCCUUUGUAUCCACAAUGAAACACAUCCCCCAUUAAGCGGAAGUGUUUCCGUAACUACAUAGCUCCACAGCCUUCAAUAGUGAAAAAUAAAACAUCUCUAUACACAAAACAGUUUCUUUUAUUCU